AUGGCGACGUCUAAUUUGUUAAAGAACAAGGGGUCCCUGCAGUUUGAGGACAAAUGGGAUCUGAUGCGGCCCAUCGUUCUCAAGCUGCUCAGACAGGAGGCCGUCACCAAGCAACAGUGGUUCGACUUGUUCUCAGAUGUCCAUGCUGUGUGUUUAUGGGAUGAUAAAGGUCCAGCAAAAAUCCACCAAGCCCUCAAAGAGGACAUCCUAGACUUCAUCAAACAAGCACAGGCUCGGGUGCUGAGCCACCAGGACGACACGGCACUGCUAAAGGCCUACAUCGUAGAGUGGAGGAAGUUCUUCACCCAGUGUGACAUCCUGCCCAAACCCUUCUGUCAGCUGGAGAUCACGCUGAUGGGCAAACAGGGCAGCAACAAGAAAACAAACAUGGAAGACAGCAUUGUACGCAAGUUGAUGCUGGACACGUGGAACGAGUCAAUCUUUUCCAACAUUAAGAGUCGCCUGCAGGACAGCGCCAUGAAGCUGGUGCAUGCUGAGAGACAAGGGGAGGCCUUCGACUCCCAGCUUGUUAUAGGAGUACGAGAGUCAUACGUGAACCUGUGUUCGAACCCAGAGGACAAGCUGCAGAUCUACAGGGAUAACUUUGAGAAAGCGUACCUGGACUCCACAGAGAGGUUUUACAGAACGCAGGCACCGUCCUACCUGCAACAGAACGGCGUCCAGAACUACAUGAAAUAUGCAGAUGCAAAGCUGAGAGAAGAGGAGAAAAGAGCACUUAGAUAUUUAGAGACACGUCGUGAAUGUAACUCUGUUGGAGCACUUAUGGAGUGUUGUGUGAAUGCUCUGGUGACCUCGUUCAAAGAGACCAUCCUCGCUGAAUGUCCAGGGAUGAUCAAACGCAACGAGACCGACAAACUGCACUUGAUGUUUUCACUGAUGGACAAGGUUCCCAGCGGGAUCGAGCCCAUGCUGAAAGACCUAGAAGAACAUAUCGUCAAUGCUGGACUAGCAGACAUGGUGGCUGCUGCCGAGACUAUCACUACUGACUCUGAGAAGUAUGUGGAGCAGUUGUUGACUUUGUUUAACCGCUUCAGUAAACUGGUAAAGGAGGCCUUCCAGGACGACCCUCGCUUCCUCACAGCAAGAGAUAAGGCUUACAAGGCUGUUGUCAAUGACGCCACAAUCUUCAAGCUGGAGCUGCCUUUGAAACAGAAAGGUGUGGGUAUGAAGACUCAACCUGAGUCAAAGUGUCCCGAGCUUCUGGCAAACUACUGUGACAUGCUGCUGAGGAAAACUCCUCUCAGCAAGAAACUCACCUCAGAGGAAAUCGAGCUCAAGCUCAAAGAAGUGCUCUUGGUUUUGAAAUAUGUUCAGAAUAAAGACGUGUUCAUGCGUUACCACAAAGCUCACCUGACCAGGCGCCUGAUUCUGGACAUUUCAGCAGACAGCGAGAUUGAAGAGAACAUGGUAGAGUGGCUGAGAGAAGUAGGAAUGCCUGCCGAUUAUGUGAACAAGCUGGCCAGGAUGUUUCAGGACAUCAAGGUCUCAGAGGACCUCAAUCAGGUCUUCAAAGAGAUGCACAAACACAACAAGCUGGCACUGCCAGCGGACAGUGUGAACAUUAAGAUCCUGAAUGCCGGAGCUUGGUCACGUAGCAGUGAGAAGGUUUUUGUCUCUCUGCCCACGGAGCUGGAGGACCUGAUCCCUGAAGUGGAAGACUUCUACAAGAGGAAUCACAGCGGUCGCAAACUCCACUGGCAUCACCUCAUGUCCAACGGCAUUAUCACCUUUAAAAAUGAGGUGGGUCAGUACGACCUGGAGGUGACGACGUUCCAGCUGGCAGUGUUGUUUGCCUGGAACCAGCGACCCAGAGAGAGAAUCAGCUUUGAGAACCUCAAACUGGCCACAGAGCUGCCUGAUGCAGAGCUACGCCGGACACUCUGGUCUCUGGUUGCCUUCCCCAAGCUGAAGAGACAGGUGCUGUCUUAUGACCCUCCAGUUAGCUCGCCCAAAGACUUCACAGACAGCACGCUCUUUUACGUCAACCAGGAGUUCUCACUCAUCAAAAACUCCAAAGUCCAGAAGCGGGGAAAGAUCAAUCUGAUUGGUCGGCUGCAGCUGACCACAGAGCGAAUGAGAGAAGAGGAGAAUGAAGGAAUUGUUCAGCUCAGAAUACUCAGAACUCAGGAGGCCAUCAUCCAAAUCAUGAAGAUGAGGAAGAGGAUCAGCAACGCCCAGCUGCAGACGGAGCUGGUGGAGAUCCUGAAGAACAUGUUUCUGCCUCAGAAGAAGAUGAUCAAGGAGCAGAUCGAGUGGCUCAUUCGAAACACAAAUACAUAAGAGGGACGAGGCAGACAUCAACACCUUCAUCUACAUGGCAUAGGCAGCAAGAAAAGGAGGGAGUGCUAUCUUGCUCCAUUUUUUACUCCAGGCCUGCGACUGGCGCUUUAAAAACCUGAAGGAGGAGAGGGACGAAGAACAAAAAAGGAUGUGUUUAAAGAAAAGGAGAGGGGUGAUGAUAGGUUGGGAGUGCGUUGAAGGACGAGGAAGAGCAUUUUCAACAAAAGUGUGGAUAUUUUU